AUGUCCCAGGUGCCGCGCCCUAUUGACGAAGAAGACCUGGCAGGCUAUCGUCCAGGGGGCUACCACCCCGUCCGAAUCGGCGACCAUUUUAAUCAUGGCAAGUACAAAGUGCUGAACAAGCUGGGAUACGGGAGUUAUUCGACUGUUUGGCUUGCCCGCAAUAACGAGACCGAGAGCCACGUUGCACUGAAAGUCCUCGCCGCAAACACGUCCGAAGUCGGGCUAGACAUCAACGAGCUGGAUAUCCUCCUCAAGGUGACCUCGAAAUCCGCGACAAAUCCAGGCACAGCCCAUGUCCUGGGUCUUCUCGACCACUUUGAGCACCGCGGACCUAAUGGAGACCACCUCUGUCUGGUGUCCAAGCCCAUGGGCCCGAAUAUGUCGGUGUUCAGAACUUUGUUCCCGAAAGCGAAGAUUCCGCUGCCCACUAUGAAGAGGGUUUCAAAGCAGCUUCUUCUUGCACUUUCCUAUCUUCAUGAUGAGUGCCAGGUCAUACACACAGAUAUCAAGCCAGCAAACAUCAUGAUUGAAAGCCCCGGGAUCAACGAGCUGUUUGAGCAGGCGCCCUCAGAAGUAUUUGUGUCAUCUGAUGUGUCCCUGCCUCCACCAGAAGACUUCUAUAUAGGUUCGCAUGAGUUUUGUGCAGGAGACGAAGAUAUCACAGAGUCGAGCGAGCUUUCAGUACGACUGGCAGACUUCGGUACCUCCAGCUGGUUUGACGAUCACUUGACAGAGUGGAUCCAGCCCGACAUGCUUCGGGCUCCGGAAGUAACACUCGGGGCUGAUUGGGAUCACAAAGUGGACAUAUGGAACUUAGGGCUCGUGAUAUGGGAACUCACCCAAGGGGCCGUUCUGUUCGACGGGAGCUGGACGCCUCAGGAUCCGUACACAGGCGAGGCCCAGCUGGCCCAGAUGACAUCCCUUCUGGGCGCCUUCCCCAAGUCCUUGCUGUCUCGGUCGAGGGAAUGCGAUGGGUAUUUUACCAGUGACGGUAACCUUUUGAAGCCCUCAACAUUCGGCUCCCUGUCCCUAAACGACAUGUGCAAGAACAGGCUGAACUGCAACAUGUCAGAGUCUGACCGGGCAGAUUUCUUGGACUUCAUCAUGACGAUGAUAAGAGUCGAUCCAGCUGAAAGACCGGAUGCGAAGACCUUACUGGGACACAAGUGGAUUCAAGAGGCAUGA